AUGCGGCGGUUGCAGUACCGCCUCGCGGCAACCCUCGCCGCCCUACUCGCCAGCGUGCUGGCUUUUGGCGCCGCGGGGCACCGGUCGCCGGCGCCGCUGCGGUUCGCGCCGGACGGUCGGUUCAAGGUGGCGCUGUUCGCAGACCUGCAUUACGGCGAGAACGCCUGGACGGACUGGGGACCCGGCCAGGACGCCGGUUCCGACCGCGUCAUGGCCGCCGUGCUCGACGCCGAGAAGCCAGACUUCGUCGUGUACCUGGGCGACCUGGUGACCGCGAACAACGUGCCGAUCGCCAACGCGACCCUGUACUGGGACAGAGCGUUUUCCCCGGCCAGACGCAGGCGGGUUCCGUGGGCGACGGUGUUCGGCAACCACGACGACAUGGCGUUCGAGUGGCCAAUGGAAUGGUUCUCCCCUGAUGGCGUCCCGCCCGUGCACUGCCCACCAUCAGUCUCGGACUGCAGCUUCCGAGGGACGCCGCGGGUCGACUUGAUGAUGGCAGAGGUCGAUCGCGACGGCGGCGAGCAGGGGCUGUCGCGUUCAUCGGUCGGCCCCGAGAAGCUCUGGCCCGGCGUGUCCAACUACGUCCUGCAGGUGCUGUCACGCGAGAAGGAACAAGACCCUGCUCUGCUCAUGUACUUUCUCGACUCCGGCGGCGGAUCCUACCCGGAGGUCAUAUCCGACGCGCAGGUCAGGUGGUUCCAGAGCCAGGCUCAGUUCCUCAAUCCAGAUGGAAGGAUUCCUGAGCUGGUCUUCUGGCACAUACCAAGCACUGCGUAUGCCAAGGUGGCUCCAAAGGCCAAGAGUAAGAUAACAAGGCCAUGUGUUGGCUCUCUCAACAUGGAAGAUGUGGCUCCGCAACAAGCUGAAUGGGGCAUGAUGGACACUCUUGCCAAGAGGCCAUCGGUUAAGGCGAUCUUCGUGGGGCACAACCACGGGCUGGACUGGUGCUGCCCGUAUCACAAACUCUGGUUGUGUUUCGCACGGCACACGGGGCAUGGCGGUUACGGUAGCUGGCCGAGAGGAUCCAGGAUAGUUCAGAUGUCUGAAAACCCGUUCUCUGUCGAGUCCUGGAUCCGGAUGGAGAACGGGACGACGCACAGCCAUAUCGUCUUGGGUUCGCGUUAG